CGCGGGCCUGAGCCAUGGUCAGCCGUGAGCCCGUGCCCGGCCCGGCCCCCGCCGGCGAGGGCAGCCAGGAGAAAGCCAUGACGGUGCGCUCGGUGCUGCUCAACCGCGACUCGCCCGACAUCGAGAGCCGCCUCAAGCGCCGGCGCAACCGCACGCAGCAGGUCCGCUUCAAGGACCUGGUGGAGGCCGGCGCUGGGCAGGCGGACAGCCCCGGGCCCGCGGCCGGCCCCGGCCACAACACCCCACGUGCCUCGCCGCCCCCCAGGGACCCCCCUGAGCCGGCGGCUCUCCGUGCCUCACGGCGCAGCUGGCCCCAGGCGCAGCCGGGCUCGCUGACGCUGCCCAUGCCCAGGAAGGCGUGCAUGAGCACCGCCAUCCAGACCUCCCCCAGCCUCCAGAAGCCCUUCCCGGCCCCCCAGCCCCGCAGCAAGAGCGUCUGCGAUGUGGCGGGGGAUGCGGUACCGCCCGCCGUGGCGAGCGCCCGGUGCCAAGGAGCGGCCGUGCCCACCGUGGCCAGCUGGGCCGUGCCCCCGCGGGCCCCCGGCAGCCUCCCCACCCAGCACGCCAAGGUGCGCCGCACGCCACCACCGCCACCACCCAGGGACCCCCCUCCCCCUUACCAGGGCACGGCCGGGUGCCCCGCUGCCCGCUGCGCCCCUCCGGUGCAGAGCUGCUCCCCUGAGCCCUGCCCGCCACCCCCAGCCUGUGCCCAGCUCCGCGGGAGCCCCCAGGGCAGCCACGGGCUCACCCCACGCCCGGCCUCCGUGCCCUGCGGCCAGCCCCGGCCUCUCGCCGAGCAGCAGAGGCUCGGCCGGAGCGACUCGGAGCGGACCCUGCCCUGCGGCCGCCCAGCGCCGCCGUGCCAGCCCUCGCCGCAGCGCCGGCAGCCCGUCCCCGCCACGGACACCCACGGCCUCCGCCAGCCACCUCAGGGCAACCCCCCGCGGGACCCCCCGGCACCCCAGCACCAGCUCUGCGCCACGCUCUGGGGGGGGCCCUGCUGCGCCUCGCCAGCCCCCGUCCCACCAGCUGUGCCGGGCUGGCACAGCUCGGCCGCCGCCACGCCGGACAAGACACCAGCUGCCCCCGGCACCUGCAGCCGGCUCCGCGCUGCCGAGCCCGGGCAUGGCUGGGCAGGACCCGAGAGGCUCAGGGAGCCGCUGUGCGCAGCUUCACAGGGCCCCAGCGGGGGGACACAAGCGGCCGGGUGGGCAGGGGACGCCCCUCGGCACGGACAGCCCUGCCUCGCCGCUGGACAGCCGGACAAGCUGCACCACGUCCAGGACCUUCUGCAGCUGGUGGUGGUGGCCAAGGGGCCGGUGGGACCACCAGCGAGGGACGAGGACGCCCGGACAUCUCAGGGAGAGGGCCCUCGAGGGCCCGGGGAGCAGGGGGACCUGCAUUCCCAGCUGCAGUCCCUGGAAGGGGUGCUGGAGACCAGCCAACAAACCAUCCGGGUGCUGCUGGACGUCAUCCAGGACCUGGAGAAGAAGGAGGCGCAGCGGGAUGGGCGACACUCGUACCGGACCGGCCAGGACAUCGCCAACUGCGGGACCUGCCGGGACUGUGCCUGCAUCAUCUACAGCGUGGAGCACGAUUUCCGACAGCAGGAAGGUCGCUUCCAGCGGGUGCUGAGCCACAUCGAGGGCGACACGGCCCCGAGCUCCCCCCCGACGGCGCCGGGGGCGGCAGGGGUGGCGGUGGGGGCGGCGGGGACCCCCUCACCGCCCAGGCAGGAGCUGUCGCCCGUGCCGAGGCUGCCGGCAAAGCUGGACGUGAAGAAAUCCCGGCGCAAAUGCUUCUGGUUCCUGUGAGCGCGGUGCCCGGUGAGCCCGGAGCGCGGGGGCACCGUCCCAGCACUGACCCCCUGCCCACCUCUCCUCCCUCCCUCCCUCCCACGGUAGGGUUUGGGUAGCACCAGCUUUUCUAUUUUUAACCAUUCCGUUGAACGCGGGGAGCUCGGGUGUGGAUAAACGGCGAGGGGAGCAGCGGCUGUAUUUAAGGAGAAUUCAAUAAAUUCCACGGAGACGCUAUUUUUGUUA